UUGUACCUAUAAACCACAUAUAUUCAUGCAUUCCUUUUCUGAACCAGUAACCUGCUUGCUUGCUGUUUCUUUCUCUCACAUAACUGUACAACAGUUUAUAUAUAUACAUAUAUAUAUUUUGCGUUUCUCUGGAGAGGCUCAAGUUUUUGCAGAGAAAUGAGCAUCUUUUCGUUGGUCACAGGAUGGCCUGGUCCUAGUGGGUUUGGAUCGGCUUCUACUGCUGAGCAGGUUACAGAAGGGAUUGAUGCUUCCAAUCUUACUGCUAUUAUCACUGGUGGAGCAACUGGGAUAGGGUUGGAGACUGCAAGAGUCCUGGCUCUUCGUAAGGCUCAUGUGAUUAUAGCAGCAAGGAACAUGGAGAAUGCAAAUGAAGCAAAGCAAUUCAUUCUUAAAGAGGUUGAAGAUGCCAGAGUGGAUGUUCUGAAACUGGAUUUGGCCUCUAUGAAAUCUGUCAGAGAAUUUGCUGACAACUUCAUUGCACUUAAUCUACCACUUAACAUCUUAAUCAAUAAUGCGGGUAUUAUGUUCUGCCCAUACCAGCUUACUGAAGAUGGAUUAGAGAUGCAAUUUGCUACUAAUCAUAUUGGUCAUUUCCUCUUGACAAACCUUCUCCUGGACAAAAUGAAAGACACUGCCAAAAACACUGGCAUUGAGGGCAGGAUUGUGAAUUUAUCAUCAAUUGCCCACGUCCACACUUACAGAAAUGGAAUUAAAUUUGAUAAUAUCAAUAAUAAGAGAAGUUACUCUGAUAAAAGGGCAUAUGGGCAAUCCAAGCUAGCCAACUUACUUCAUGUCAAAGAGCUUACCCGUCGCUUUCAGGAAGAGGGUGUGAAUGUUACUGCCAAUGCAGUCCAUCCAGGACUAAUAAUGACCAAUCUAAUGAAACAUUCUGCACUCCUGAUGAGAAUAUUGAAGUUCUUUACCUUUCUGCUAUGGAAGAAUGUACCUCAGGGAGCAGCAACCACAUGCUAUGUGGCACUUCACCCAAGUUUGAAAGGGGCAAGUGGAAAAUACUUUGUGGAUUGCAAUGAGAUAAAACCAAGCGCAUUUGCUAUGGAUGAAUUGCUUGCAAGAAAACUGUGGGAUUUCAGCAACAAGCUCAUUAGCUCAGCUUCAAAAGCUUAAAACAAAUUGAUUAAUUAUGUCUGAGGCUUAAUUCAAGCUUUAAGAUAAAGCAAUAAGAGAAAAGCUAAAGAGCCACAUUUCUCCCCCAUUUCUGAUAUAUACUUAGGAGUGAUCCAUAUAGUACAAGUCAAUUCUAUUAGUUCAGUAUAUAUUCAAAUAUUAAUGUGUUACUUUAUUCCUCUAUUGUAAUGGGAAUGGAUUUAUUUUAUCAAAGAGGGUGAAUAUGCCACUAGUUGAUAUGGCAGUAGCCUAGUUUGGAAUUAAAGUUAAA